AUGCGCCUUCACUCUGUCCUUGCGGUGGCUACAGCUGUCGGCUGUGCGGUAGCCCAUGAACCUAUCAUCCAAGUUCCCAAGUGUCCCUGGAAUGCUCUGAUUAAUUUCGACAAGACUGUUCCUGACCAAAAACCCUUCCCACGGACGACCAUUAGGCUUUGCUAUAACAGCAAGACAUUCAGCUUGAAGUUCGAGGCAAAGGACGAAAAGUAUUUCUACUUCGACCCUUCCCACAAGAUAAACGAUGAUAUCUGGAAAUAUGAAGUGAUGGAAGCCUUUAUCUCUACCGGCCAUGCCGAUCCUUCAACAUAUCUCGAAUUUGAAGUCAGCCCCAACAACGUCACAUACCAGGCCUUUGUCUACAACCCAUCCAAGAACCGAGCAGACGGCGCUCCAUUUGACCACGCCUUCAUCAGCAACCCCAUAGCAGACGGAAUCACCUCGAAGACAUCUCUUGCUCAAACCCAAGGGAAGUGGACUUCAGACGUGCAGAUCCCUCUUGCUCUCUUUAAUGUGGACACUCCCCGCGGCUCGAAAUGGCGCAUGAACUUUUUCCGCACUGUGACUUCUAAAGAGACUUAUCCAGAUCAGAUCUUGGGUGCUUGGAAUUCACCAGACAAAGCUAGCUUCCAUAUAACGUCCUUUUUUAGAAAAAUUGUCUUUGUCUAG